GGCGACAGCGGCGACAGUGGCAGCGGCGGUGGCGGCAGCGGCUGCGGCGGCAGCCGAGGCUGCGGCGGCGACGGUGGCAGAGGCAGUGGCGGAGGCCUCCGUGGCGGAGGCGGAAGCAGAGGUGGAGGCUGAGGUGGAGGCCGAGGCCUCAGCGCAAGAUGCAGCGGCCAAGGCCAUCCUGGGGGAGGCGGCGGUCGCCCUGGCUGGGGAGGGGGCGGAGGCCAGCGCGGCUGUCGCCGCUGCUGCGGCCAAGGCUGCGGUGUCCCCCUUGGGGGAGGCGGAUGCGGAUGAGGAGGUAGCAGUGGCAGCCGCCGCCGCGGCAGCUACUGCAGCAGGGGAGGUGGAUGCGGAGGUGGAUGCGGAGGUGGGCGGGGGCUCGGAGGGGAACCCAGACUUUCCCAUGGCCUCGCUGUACGUGGGCGACCUGCACCCUGAGGUGACGGAGGCAAUGCUAUAUGAGAAGUUCAGCCCAGCAGGGCCCAUCCUCUCCAUCCGCAUUUGCAGGGACAAGAUCACCCGCCGCUCCUUGGGCUACGCUUAUGUCAACUACCAGCAACCGGUGGACGCCAAGCGGGCCCUGGAGACCCUGAACUUUGAUGUCAUAAAAGGGAGGCCAGUGCGCAUCAUGUGGUCCCAGAGGGACCCCUCGCUCCGCAAGAGUGGGGUGGGCAACGUCUUCAUCAAGAACCUGGGCAAGACUAUAGACAACAAGGCUCUGUACAACAUCUUCUCGGCGUUCGGCAACAUCUUGUCCUGCAAAGUGGCCUGUGACGAAAAGGGGCCCAAGGGCUAUGGGUUUGUGCAUUUCCAGAAGCAGGAGUCCGCUGAGCGGGCCAUAGAUGCGAUGAAUGGCAUGUUCCUGAACUACCGCAAAAUUUUCGUCGGGAGAUUCAAGUCCCAUAAAGAAAGGGAGGCCGAAAGGGGAGCCUGGGCCAGGCAAUCCACCAGUGCUGACUGCAAGGAUUUUGAGGAAGACACUGAUGAGGAGGCCACCUUGCGAUGAGGACAUGCCUGGAGCAAGCCAGCAGAGCCAAAUCUGGGCUCCUAUCCGGUUUACAACUCCCCCCACCCCAACCUACCAGCAGUGUAUUGUAUUGGGAGUGCAGGUCUCUCUCUUUCCCUUUCUCCCCCUCCUUUCCUCUCCCUCUCUCUCCCUCCCCCUCCCUCUCUCCCUCUCCUUCCCCCUCUCCCACUCCUUCUCCCUCCCCCUCUCCCUCUCCUACUGUACCCCCCCUUGUCCCUCCCCUCUCCCUCUGUUCUGCCUUCUCUCCUUCUCCCCUUACCCUCCCACACUUCCCUUCUCCCCCUCUCUGCUUAUCUCCCACCCCUCUUUCUUUUCUCCUCUCCCUCCUUCCUACCCUGUUCCCCCCCCCACCCCUCGCUCUGUCCCUCUCCCUUCCUUUCUCCUCAUUUCCCUUUUCCUCCUUUUCUCCUCUUCCUCUCUAGCUCUUCCUCUUCCCUCCACCCCUACCAAGGGUGUUGUGAGUAAUCCUCCUAAUCUGUGCCAUUGGAUAGGUUAAAGGCUGCCACUUCUCCCUGUGGCUUGGUUCUUAAAAGCAUUUUCUUUCUUCUUUUUGUUCACUGCACAGGUGAUUCAAUCUCAUGGUAGAAAUAUCAGAAGGGAGAAGGAAAUCCGAUGACAGAAAAUCAAGAGAGUCAUUGCUCCUCACGAUCUUACAACCCAGAAAGAACCACUUUUACCUUUUUGGUGUGCUGUUUUUCCAGGCUCUCUUCUCUCCCUCUCACUCCCACUCCACCUCCCCUGUGUCAUACUGUUGUAGAAUGGUUCAUGUAUGUGGUGUUUCUUGACCUGAUUUUUUUUCAGCAACCAAAACCAAACUAAAGUCAGCCCACUGAACUCCUUUCCACGAUAUUCAACAGGCUUAUGAAACAUCAUCUUCGGUGCCUGCUGAGUGCUCCUGUGUAUCCAAGGAUCUUAAUGUUCCUGUAAUCAUUCCCGCAUUGUUGGACAUUCAGGUGGUGCCUAGUUUAUUCCCUGUGUUUAAAACCAACACUGUGCUCUGAUGAGUGAAUCCUUGCCUGUCAAGCCAAAUCUCUGCUAGCAUUCUGGAUGGUCUCCUUACCUGUGGACUUGCAGAACCCACAGAGGGACAUUUCAAAGACUUUUCCUGUGUGUUGCCAAAAGGCCCGCUUCAUAAGCAUUGUUGCAGUUUGCACUCAUGCCACCCAGCACAGCUAGUAAAAAGAGUAUGGCCACUUCCCCUA